AUGCAAGAACUGCAAGCGGAAAUACAUGAAUUGGCAGAUGUCACCGUUGCACCAGCCCACCUGGCGAGAAGCGGCAUUGACAUCCUCAUCGGUGCCGACUAUUACUGGUCGUUGGUGUAUGGUGACUUCAAGAAGCUGCAAGGCACACUUGUUGCACUGAAGACCAAAUUUGGGUGGACGCUUCAAGGAGCCAUUCCCUGCAGUAGCUCAGCUGCCUGCUGCUCAACCGCGGCCGUUCUUCGUGCUGGAGUGUCAGAUGACACAAGUUUGACCAACGAGCUGAAAUCAUUCUGGGAGCUGGAGAGCAUCGGAAUUACUGACUCUUGUGCCCAAACGAACGAAAAAAGCCAAGAAAUCAUCAACACGUUUUCGACAUCGAUCAAGAAAACAGACAAGCGCUAUGAGGUGGCAUUACCAUGGAAACCUCUGAACAUUCAUCUCGCUCACAACAAAGCGAUCGCACAGAAGCGUUUGACAAGUCUCACGAAGAGGCUAUCGAGAGAUGAAACAACACUUAUCGAGUAUGACGUGGCUAUCCGUCAGUACCUGGAGCAAGGGUUCGCCGAACGACUUCCACGGGAAGAAAUCAAUAACGACGAAAACAGGGUUUACUACAUGCCUCACCGCGCUGUCUUCAGACCUGAUAGCCUUUCAACAAAGAUUAGGGUCGUAUUUGAUGCAUCGUCUAGCGACACAGGAUGUAUUUCCCUGAACGAAGCCCUGGAGCCAGGACCAAACUUGAACCCAGACUUGCUGAAGGUGCUAAUUAACUUCAGAAUUCACCACAUCGGACUAAGUGCAGACAUUGAGAAGGCAUUCCUGCAAAUUUUAGUGACACCGGCAGAUCGCGAUGCCCUCCGAUUCUUGUGGUAUGAGCACUUACCCACGAGGCAAGACCAAGAUUCCGUGAUAGAAGUCUGGAGAAUGACACGAGUGCCCUUCGGUGUGACAAGCAGUCCGUUCCUUCUCGCAGCCACAGUGCGUCAUCAUUUGUCAACUACUGCGGGUGAUUCACGCAACACUAAAACUAUCAGUCAGAGCCUGUAUGUGGACGACCUAAUAACAGGAGCGGAGACAGAGGAGGACGCUGUAGGCUUCUACCGAGGUGCACGAGACGUCAUGAAUCGAGCAAGCAUGACACUGCGCAAAUGGAAUUCAAAUUCCAAGAAGCUGCAACAACUGUUCAACGACGAAGGAAACGGAUGUGCCCUGAGCCACGUUGAGUGUCCGACAUCAAGUGUCUCACGAGUCCUCGGACUUCCCACAUGA